AUGUUCUCAAAGCUGGCAAGAACACGCGGGCGUUGGCCCACGCCGGGCGUGCGAAUGAACAAGAGAACCCACUCCACAAGGACGCCGUUUUCCAAGACCAGAAUCUCAAUUGCAACCACCGGGUUAAUCAGUACACCGGGUAUCUGGUGGUGGACAACGGCCAAUGAUGAUGUGCCCAAUCUCGACAGCCUGCCCGCGGAGCCCUCAGUCUCCAGGCCAAACCUUACACGCGGAGAGGUCAGCAGCAUCUUGUCGAGAGACGCAUUUUCGCACCAUGUCAAUAGCGUUCCCGGCGUUAAUAGGUACGAUGUUACCCAAUUGGCAUCUAAUAGCCCCUGUGAAGAUCGAUUUGUCCACGGCAAGUUCUCCUCGCCGUGGAAUGAGAGUGACAAGUGGAUGUCGUGGGCGGUUUUCGACGGGCACGUAGGCUGGCAGACAGCCCAGUUGUUGACAGAACAACUUUUACCCUUUGUGCGGUGCAAUUUGAGCCAGCUUAAGCCUUCAUCCGAUGGAUUUACGCCAGAUGGAUCCGUUCAGCACGCUAUUACGAAAGCGUUUGUAGACCUUGACGACUCAAUCAUCGAGACUGCGUUGGCUACUUCUCAAAGCAACAUGUCUUUGCAAGAAAGGGCCAAGAAACUAGCCCCGGCAUACGCUGGAUCAUGCGCAUUGCUAUCCCUCUACGAUCCUCUCACAAGCACAUUGCACGUUGCAUGCACCGGUGACUCGAGGGCAGUUCUAGGGCAAAAGGGAUCGGAUGGGAAAUGGAAAGCCAUUCCACUCUCGAUAGACCAGUCCGGCAGUAACGAAGAUGAGGUUGCUCGGCUUCGCAAAGAACACCCGGGUGAAGACAAUGUCGUUGAAAAUGGACGAGUGCCUGGGAUGAUGGUGUCCCGCGCGUUUGGAGACAGCAGAUGGAAAUGGCCUUUGGAUUUCCAAAAAAAGAUGAAAGAUCGUUUCAAUGGCCCGGCACCCUUGACACCAAGAUAUGACGUCCGUACGCCGCCAUAUCUGACAGCCGAGCCCGUUGUGACUAGUACCAAGAUCGAUCCCAAUCAGCCUUCAUUCCUGAUUAUGGCAACAGAUGGCUUAUGGGACAGUCUGUCUAGUCAGCAGGGUGUCGAUCUGGUCGGCACAUGGUUGGCUUCACGGGGAGCUCAAAAGGAUCCCGGAUCUGGUCCGGCGUAUGCACCAUUCGACUUUGGUCGGUUCCGCGAAGGUGUGGAUUGGAGGUUUGUAGAGGAACGGACGACUACACAGGAUGAGAACGCUGCUGUACCACUUGUACGCAAUUCCCUUGGCGGAAACCAUCAUGAGAUGAUUGCAGGCCGACUCGCAUAUGACUCUCCUUUCUCUCGUCAUGUGCGAGAUGAUAUCACCGUGCAAGUUGUGUUCUUCAAUACUGGAGAUAAGUCAUAA